GUUUACGUCGGAGUUGGCGCCUGUUCGUGGUGGUGUGGGUGCGUUGCCGAGCCAGUGAGCGAAGAAAAGUAGCGUUUACCGCGCUCGUAUCGUGUGGAUGUUGGUCUAAACAAGUGUUGCGGUGCAGCUUAUGUGUCAGUGUAGCUGAAGAAAACAAGUGUUUGAUAUUGGCCCAGCUGUAGAGUAGCUAUGAAUAUAAUGACAAAAAAGAAGAAGUACAAAUUUCAGGUGGAUCUUGAGGUAGAGGAAUUGACUUCAGUUUCCUUUGUGAGUGCUGUGCUAUUCUGCAAGGUGCACCUAUUGGAUGGAGGCAAAUUUAUGGACUGCUCAUCAAGGGAGGAGGUGCGUGAUCACACGGUGAAGUGGAACGCCAAGAUGUCGUUCUGCGCCAAGAUGACGGCGCCGACGAGCACUGGCGUGCUGGACUCCUGCCUCUGUCGAGUGUCCGUCAGAAAGGAGGCCAAGGGCGGCCGCUCGUACCAGAAGCUGGGCUUCGCCGACAUCGAGCUGGCCGAGUUCGCCGGCGGCGUGGGCCAGUGUCGACGCUACCUGCUGCAGGGCUACGACCUGCGCCACCGCCAGGACAACUCCACGCUCAAGGUGGUGCUGUCCACCACCCUGCUCAGCGGCGACCCCUGCUUCCGCACGCCCACGCCCCGGUCCGCGCACCUCCCGCGUGAUGGCGGCGACCUGACGACCGAGGCGUCGACACCGGGGGAGUCAAGCCGAGUCACACCCACCGACCCAACCGCCGCCCGAGGCGAUGGUCCGGCGUCGGAGCUGGAGUGCUUGUCAAGCUCGCGGGAGGCCGGGCCGCCCGGCCACUCGCGCAACUCCAGCAGCCAGUCGGGCUACGGCAGCCUGGCGUCCCAGCCGUCCCACAGCCGACAGAGCAGCAGCUCCGAGCUGGGGCACCUCAGGACGGCCAGCAGCGGCUCGGCCUUCUCCGACUACAGCUCAAUGGAGCGGCCGCCGACCAGCGAGCGGCGCAAGAAGGAGGUGCCCGCCAGCUCGCGGUUCGACGCCACGCGGGUCGACCCCGAGGACGUCAUCAACGACCUGCUGCAGAACACAGACCUGAACACGGACCACACCGAGGCCACCGGCCUGCAGCUGUUCGUGGCCCGGGACGGCAGUACAUCACUGAGCCCAGGCGGCCGCGCUGCCGCCGCCUUCCAGCCGGUAGUCAUCAGCAGGAGAUAGUCGGUGGUGCGCGCUGUCGCCGGCCUAGUCUGGUGAAGAUGCGGGCGGCAGGCGUGCCGCCGUUGGCCAGCCGCCGGCGGCCCAGUCCAGUGCAGGCGUGAACCGCCGGCGGCCCAGUCCAGUGCAGACGUGAGCCGCCGGCGGCCCAGUCUAGUGAAGAUGCGAGCCGCCGGCGGCCCAGUCCAGUGCAGACGUGAGCCGCCGGCGGCCAAGUCCAGUGCAGGUGUGGGCCUCGCGACGUCCCAGUCUAGUCCAGUGUGUGGCCGGCCACCCGCGGCGGCCUGGCCGGAACGGUGCGAGCUGGCCGUGUGAGACGCGCCCCGGGUUGUGUCGCCUGCUGGGCGCGGGUCUUCCGCGCCGCUGUGAUCGGGGAGGGGAAGGGGAGGCGGGGACCGGUGGCAGGGUUCUGCAGAUUCUGCGGAACAUGCCCUUGAGGCCGCGGCCACAGGCUGCUUCCGGCGCCUCCGGAACGUACACGUGCCCUGCGUCAUCGCAGUCGCCGUUUGGUCGUGUGUUUUAUGCCGCCGACGUCGGCUAACAAGUGGUCGCCACGCGAGUUUAUUGAGGGGCACGAUAUGUCAUUUGGACAUUCCUAACUCUUUACAGGCGUGCUGUUUUCACAGAUUGCUUUUCCAAUCACAUCUUCGACGGUUUUCUACAUCACUCUUUAAGAUCCAUUGAAUUCCAUUAUCGAUGGCAUUCCUCCAUAGUACCUCUUGAACAAAAUACACGAUUGAGGCAUUUACACAACAUUAAAACACCGAUAGAGCUUCACACGCGGAUAAGUGUCAUGAACCACGGCUUUUGUGAGGAUGACUGUAUCGCGCCCGAAUAUGUGUUAUGUCGACAUCUGUGCCAAAGAUGCGAGCCUAUGUCAUAAACAACAUGCCAAUUCGCCCCACUUCUCGUCCAGCGGCCAUGCAUCCAUGCACGUAUCACGCGAGGCGGCAAGGCGAGAAACAAUACACAGGACAACACAA